AUGUCCGGCAUAAUCGACUACACAAUUGUCGUUCCGGCAUACAAGGAAGCAGGCAAUUUGCGCCCGCUCGUAACCCGUAUCUUCGCUGCAUUAAGUCGCAUCGACUCUCCUGUCCCCGCAUACUUGGUGGAGGUUAUUAUCGUGGACGACAACUCGCGCGACGGCUCGGAGCAGGUCGUGCAGUCUCUCCAACAGGAGGGCUAUAAUGUUCGCAUCAUCAUUCGCACGACCGAGCGCGGGCUCAGCAGCGCUGUUGUCCGUGGCUUCCAGGAGGCCCAAGGAGACAACAUGCUGUGCAUGGACGCAGACUUACAGCAUCCACCAGAAUAUGUCCCUCAGAUGCUUGCUACGCUCUCCCCAACAAAACAAUUCGUGCUCGGUACGCGAUAUGGAGGCGGCGCCGGCUCGGACGAGGGCUGGCCACUAUACCGUCGUGUGAUCUCAAACGGUGCACGGAUGCUCGCACUACCGCUAACGUCAGCGAGUGACCCUAUGUCUGGAUUCUUUGGCAUCCGGAAAGAGUCUUUCCUCAAAGCGCGUAAUCUCAACCCACAUGGUUUCAAGAUUGCACUCGACCUCCUUGUGAAGGCGCAUAUUCAAUCGACUGCUAUUGCAGAAGUUCCCUUUACGUUUGGUUUGCGUUCCAUUGGCGAAAGCAAGCUGACCGGCAAGGUUAUGAUGCGCUAUCUUGAACACCUCGCUGAACUGUAUUGGUUCUCGUACCAUGCUCCGAUUGCGUUCGUGCUCCUCUUGUUGACGGUGAUCAUUUUAUUUGCGUGGCACUACUUCACGCGUACUGUUGAAGCGCCGGUGGAAAUUCCGAUCAGCAAAGGGAGGGGCGGGCAUUAG